AAAACAAUAGGUAACUCUGAAGAGCUCACAUAGUGACUACACUUUGUUUCCAGCUUCACUCGCAAACACCAACAAUGGCGACCCUGCAGAACUCACCUUCACUUCACAGGACCCUUGUACUCAAUUCCUUCACUAAGGUACAGAGUAAGCAGAGCAGCUCCCAUUGUUGUAGAAGAAGCGUGACGUUUUUGGUAAGAGCAGAGCAAGCUUCAUCAUCUUCAGCAUGCUCUCCUUCUCAAGAUAGAUCUGGGAGACGCCAAGUACUAGCUGCAGGGACAGUUGCUUCUUUGGCGUAUCUCAUUAACCAACAUUCUGUAUCAUUUGCUGCAGAAAAGAAGAAGGAUUUUCAGCUUGUUACGGACAAGAAGGAUGGAUAUGAAUUUGUCUACCCUUUUGGAUGGCAGGAAGUUACCAUUGAAGGCCAAGACAAGGUAUUAAAGGAUGUGAUUGAGCCACUGGAGACUGCAAGCGUGACCCUCUUCCCAACUGUCAAGCAGGACAUCAAGGAAUUUGGUACUCCACAAGAGGUUGCUGAGACUUUGAUCAAGAAGGUUCUGGCUCCUCCUAACCAGAAAACAAAGCUGGUUGAGGCAUCAGAGCAUGAGAUUGAUGGGAAAACAUAUUACACGUUCGAGUUUGUGGCCAAGGCUCCAAACUAUACUCGCCACGCUCUAAGCACAAUAUCUGUUAACAAUGGCAAAUUCUACACAUUGACGACCGGAGCCAACGAAAGGAGGUGGGGGAAGAUGAAAGAAAAAUUGCACACGAUCGUCGAUUCCUUCAAACUUUUUAAAGUCUAUGAAGGCAAUUAAGCAGACAUCAGAGUUGUAAUUAGCAGAGGUCAUUCUGCAUUAUACCAAAACGAGGGCAAACUUUAGACCAUACAUUAUGUACCU